CCGUCCCGUCGCGUCUUCUCUCCGCCAGGUUCGAUCGGGGAACCGACCCUAACCCUAACGCCGCCACCUUCCCCAUGGCCUCCUGCGACGACGACUUCGCCCUCCUCGGGGACGAAGCCCAGUCCCAACCCCCGCCGCCGCCGCAGCAGCAGCAGGCGGGCGCCUUCGCAGCGGCCCAUCGCUACGUGACGAAGGGCCCGCUCCACAUCCAGUCCCGCCCCCUGCCCCCACUCGCCGCCAUAUCCAGCCCGAAGAAGGGGGUCGCCGGCGGCGGCCACGAGGAUCCCGAGGACUUCGGCGAGGCCUUCGGCCAGACCGACGCCUCGAAUCGCCCUGGAGGCGCCCCCGCCUUCCCAGAAGUCAGCCACCACCACCACCACCACUGCUUCGCCGACGACGCUAACCCCUUUGGCACCCCGCAGCCCGACGACGACGACGACGACGACCCCAACAACGACCCCGAGCGCAAGUCCCGCGGGGCCGCCACGCCCGCCUCCCAUCCCCACCCCCACCACCACGGGCCGCCGCCAUCCUCCCGGCCAGACCCCAAGCGCAAGGACAGGGACGAUGUCAGUGACGGGGAGUCGCCCUAUUGCUACAACAGCGCGGCCAAGAAGGGCCGGCACAUGUCCUCUGGGGACUACCGCAAGGACCGGGAGGAGUGGAGUGACACGGCCAUCGGCAGCCUCCUGGACGCGUACACGGAAAGAUACGUUCAGCUGAACCGGGGGAACCUGCGGGGGAGGGACUGGGAGGACGUCGCCACCAUCGUCAGCGACCGCUGUGACAAGCAGAAGGCCGGCAAGAGCGUGGAGCAGUGUAAGAACAAGAUCGACAACCUCAAGAAGCGGUACAAGGUCGAGUGCCAGCGCCUCAGCAGUGGUGGCCUCUCCAUCAGCCACUGGCCCUGGUUCAAGAAGAUGGAGCAGAUUGUUGGCUCCUCCUCAUCCUCCUCGAAGGCUGCUGGGGAUGAAGACAAGUCCGGCGCCCUAGGUGGCACCGGUAUGGUCACAAGGCAGAUGAAAAGAUACCCAGCAGCUGCUUCUGGGCCUGUAAACUUAACAAAUAACUCAAAAAUGAAAUCGUUAACAAAUCCAAGGUGGAAGAGAGUGGUUUUGAAAAUUAGUGGUGCUGCAUUAGUUGGGGCCGGUCCCCAGAAUGUUGACCCGAAGGUGACCAUGCUGAUUGCUAGGGAAAUUGCCAUGGCUAACCGUGUUGGCGUAGAGGUGGCAGUUGUUGUUGGAGGUAGAAAUUUCUUUUCUAGUGACACCUGGGUAGCUGCAACUGGCAUUGAUAGAGCUGCAACAUAUCAAAUAAGUAUGAUGGCAUCAGUAAUGAAUGCUAUAUUGCUUCAAGCAUCAUUGGAGAAGAUUGGUGUCGAAACACGUGUACAGACUGCAUUAAUGAUGCAAGAGAUUGCAGAACCAUACAUAAGGCGACGAGCUAUCCGUCAUCUGGAAAAAGGAAGAGUUGUUAUAUUUGGUGGAAUUGGUGCUGGGACAGGAAAUCCACUUUUCAGCAAUGACACAGCUGCUGCCUUGAGAGCUUUUGAAAUUAACGCAAAUGUUGUUCUAAAAGGUACUACUGCCGAUGAUGUUUAUGACUGUAAUUCCAGAAACAGCAAUAAUGUUGCAUUUGAGCACAUUUCAUUCAGGGAAUUGGUUUCUCGAGGCUUUACUGCCAUUGAUAUGACAGCAAUUACGUUCUGCGAGGAAAACAACAUUCCAGUUGUUCUUUUUAAUCUGCUGGAGCCUGGAAAUAUUUCAAGUGCGCUAUGUGGGGACCAGGUUGGUACAUUCGUUGACCAGACUGGGCGACUUAGCUGAUAUAUAAUUCUUUGCUGAUUGAAGACAAUGCUUCUGUGUCAGAGAGAGGCUGGCAGCCCCAAAAUUGUCACCCUUGUGCAAUGUGGUAAUUCGCUGCAGGCUGUACCAAUAUGUCAAAUUAUGUUGUUAAAUUCCCACCACCACCAACAAAGGCACAUGUUCGAACUGCAAAUAAAGUUCUAUUGUACUGUAUUUAUAAAUUUUGUUGUAAAUUAUUUCAGUGUAUUGUAUGAAAUGAUUGAUUGGGAGGAGCCCUAGACAGAAGUCGCAGAAACAGUAGAUGUUAAAGCCUCUUGGAUUUUCUUUAAGGAUGGAAGUGGACUGGCUUAGGUGCCAUGAUCUGGUUGGUUGGUUUGGGUCUGAUCUUGUGCAAGGUGAUGUUUGACGGGCUCCAUCCGUUUACUACAUGGAAGCCCCAACCUGUGAAUGAAUGUGCUCAACAGAGUAGUCCUGAUUUAGACGCCUUAGGGCGGCAUUUAAAGCCACCACAAAUGCUCCAAGUCGCCCUCGAAGGAAUAGAUAGUUCAAAGAAGUCUGUAAGAGCAAGUAUGUGGGUAAUUAACCACUGUAUGUACGUAGUCUGGUCCAGUGCAGCGCCUAUUAUGGUAUGCCUUUUUUUUUUUUU